AUGUCCACGAAAAUUGCGUCAGUCGUUACCACCACCGAAGUCCAGGUGAAACAGACAUGCGAGGUGACCAUCGGCGACGCACUGGUGUCUGAUGCGGCAGCAAUAGCUCUGAUCGGCGCCAACACUUUCACCGCUACCUUCGGUUACUCCGUCCCAGAAAACGACUUGGCAGACUUUCUAGCAGAGACGUACUCGUCAGAAGCUAUUGAAGAAGAUAUCAUAAGCGCACACGAGAACAAUAUCAGCACAUUCGUCGCCCGCGAUGAAAUGGGCUCUAUUUUAGGGUUUGUGCAGCUCGUUCGUGGCCUUACAGAUUCAUCCUUGAAGGGAGAUCCCUCUUCGCACGCCGAGCUGCGGAGGCUUUAUGUAGAUACCACGGCCCAUGGCAAGGGUAUCGGGAGCAAACUCAUCACCGUGGUCGAGAACAGGGCCAAGUCCGAAGGCUUUAAGCAACUGUGGCUUACCGUCUGGGAGGACAACAAGAGUGCACAACGGCUCUACCAGAGGCUAGGGUAUUCGAAGGUAGGCGCUGUGGAAUUCGCUACCGGAACCUGCAUUCAGACGGAUUGGGUAUUGGUAAAAAGCCUGUGA